GCCGGGCCUCGCCCCGGGCGCCACGGGCCUGCUCGCGGGUCCCGGGGCCGGGCGGGCGCGCCAUGGGCAGCGGCAGCAGCCGGAGCAGCCGGGCCCUGAGGCGGCUGCGCAGUCCCAACAGCCGGCCCGCGGGGCCCGGCGGGGCAGCCCCGGAGGGCGGAGCGGGGACGCCGGCGACCGAGGCCGCGGAGGAGGCCCCGAAGGCCGCGGCGGUGGCGGCUGAGGGGGAGGCCGGCCCCGACCCCGACCCCGACCCCGGCCCCGCGGCGCCCGCCCGUCCGGCGCCCUCCGGCGGCGGGGACGAGACCCUGCGCCUGCUGGACCAGCUGCUGGCCGAGUCGGCGACCUGGGUCUCCGGGGAACUGGCCCCGCGGAGGACGGCCCGACCUGCCCCCGCGCCCGGCGCCGGGAGCCCGGUGUCCGUGAAGCAGAGUGCUGCAGGCCACCCAGGGAGCAGCAGUGUCUCUGAACCCCCAAGGAGCAGCCACAAGAGGCCUGAGAGCCAGUCAGCCGUCCUGUACGACUACUCAGAAGAGGAGCUGAUGGCGAGCAUCGAGCGGGAGUACUGCCGCUGAGGCCAGGCGAGCCACAGCGCUGGGAGGACGGUGGCCUUGCAGUCUCCCCCAUCAGACCCGUGGCCGCAGCUCCUGGGCCCCUGCGCAGAGCUGACCCCACCCGAGCAGGCCUCAGAGGCCUGGACUUUGCCCAGGGCUCUAGCUGGGACUGAACCACCUCUGAGGUGUAGUAACCUUCUCAGAUCCCUAUUCAGACACUCCUGAACACGGCCGGCGCCUGGCUGAAAUGCUUGCUGCAGAGGGCAGUCAGCUGUGCAGAGCUGGGCCACAUGUGCAUGGACAGGUAAAGGAAGCAAGGGGAGCUCAGAUAAUCUGCUCCUCUUGAUCACGGGGAGAUGCAGUCUAUAAGCUUCUCUGGGACCCUUUCCCAUCACCCACUCUCCCUGCUGGGGGAGGCUCAUUGGGUGAAUGUGGACCCAGGGCUGUGGGUCCCAAAGGCAUGGGGGCUCUGAGCUGGCACAGGUGAGCACGUCCUGGGACCCAAAGCCUUGCGGCCUCCACUGCGCUUCAGGACCUGUCCUGCUGUGGACGGGGCACCCGGGAGCUGCUCCCUGACUUAAGCUGAAAGGAGUGUGCACCCUGGGGUCUGCCUUCCCUUGAGCAAUCUCUCCCAGGGAGGCUGCUUCAGCUCAGUGCUUCUCAGUUUUAACGUGCAAAUGAAUCGCUCGGGAAGUUGUUAAAUGGCAGAUUCUGAGAUUCUGCCUUUCUAACAAGCUCCCAGGGGGUGCCCAAGCCGCUUCAACCAGACUUUGGGUAGCGAGGACUUAGUCUAAGCUCUAGAUCUCUAUCUGACACUUCCUUCUGUGGCCACAGCCCCACUGGCCUCCUCCAGCCUCUGGAUACCCCAAAGAGCAGGUCCGUUCCUCCGGCAGUGGGGUGUGGGGAGAGGGACGACUGGACCGGGAACCAGAAGACUCAGGUUCUACUCUUGGCUCUUCCCUUGACUUGGGGUGGGCCUAAGACUUUAGUCAUGUUCCCCUUCUGGGCCUCAGUUUCGCUCUCUGGAAAAUGAGCCCCAAUGCUCUUGGAGGCCCGUCCAGCUCCACAACUCUGGGAUUUACAAUUCCAAGCUUUCUUGACCCAGGAGAUCGGGUCUUGAUCUCCACUCUUGCCUUCCCACCCCCCUGAGGAGGCGCUCUCCCAGGCCCCACCUUGGAAACGUCUUCACGGCCACCUGCUCUCAUUCUCCCUCCAUGCAGGCAGCCUGGCUAAUGCCCUGUGGGGCCUUUUUUAAAAAUGCAAUUUUAUUGAGAUAUAUUCCCACACCAUAUAACCCAUCCAAAGUAUACAAUCAUGGCUCACAGUAUCGUCACAUAGUUGUGCCUUCAUCGCUACAAUUUCAGAACAUUUCCAUUACUCCAAAAAAAAAAUAAAAAGAAAACCCCAAAAAUCCCAUACUUCUUUUUCCCCUGUAUCCUAUGGGGCCUUUUUUUGUUCUUCCUCCCUGGGUGGAAGGUAGAAAAUCACAGGAAAUGGGUGCUCAGGAGCCUUAGAAUUUUCCUGGUUCAGGCCCCCAGUUGUCAGAUGAGGAAACUGAUGUGCCAAGAACACCCCGUGACUCGGUGGCAGGCGGAAAGACCAGCCUCCCUGCUGGAGGGCCUCGCAGGUGGGCGGGCACAGGUGAGCCCGGGCGCAGGUGUGGUUUGCUCUCGGGAAGCCAGCCUGGGAGAGCAGAGCCGGCGUGGACGGCGGCGAGGACGACGGCGUGGAGGAGGCGUGGAGGAGGCGUGGACGGCGGCGAGGAGGCAGGCUGCUCCGGAGCAGCUGCUGUGGGCUUCGGCACAGAAGGAGGCGGGGAAGUGGCGGCAGCUUCUCGUGAAGCCAGAAUACGUCUGAGCCGCGUGGAGCCAAGAGUGUUUCGGAAACCAACGAAUGGCCAAUUGGCAGUAUCUCUAGACUCGCAGCCCUGUUGCCAUUGUUGACAAAUGGCAUUUCCACGGAUUUUAUUAAUUGACGGAGGGCGUCUGAUCCAGGUUUCAGCAGCUGGGAGAACUUUGACUGUGAGGUCAGAGGAUGGAGCAGCGAAGCGUUUAAGCAGAACCUCGCAAAGGGUUGACUCAGAACCUCCCCAGAUCUGAGAGCUAUUGCUCGUCUAAACAAAAAAUGUGUCUUUUGAUACAAGGAUUAAGACCGUUACUAUUUUAAUAACACAAAUACUUCUUUAAAAAGAAGUGGAUUUUUUUGUUUAUCAGAUGGAUCAGGCUUGGAAUUUAACAAUGUAAGAUGUUUACAAUUGCACAUCAUCAUUUUGUUAAAAUGCAACACAUUCAGCCAGUUUCCAAGGGAAAGAUGAUGCCUCUGCAUUUUCCGGUGGAAACCUUGUAAAAUCCUUAAUGAGAUAAAUGUGUUUAAAAAAAAAACAACAUUCUCAAGGUAGUUACAGUCAUUGUCAAAGUGAAUGCACUUAAAGUAACAAAAUCACAAUACUUGUUUUCUGGUCUUUUUUUUCUUUUAAUUCCCUGAAUUCAGUAAAGUGUCUUCUGAACUGAGGCUAACCAAAUAAAGCAGCAUGUCCUUGGCCACCGAAA